AGUCCAAAAAGCUCCAGUCGCACUUCUGUUUUGAGCGCGAGGCUGACGGACGUACUUUACUCUUGUUGAGUUAUGCCAAGCACGGGUACGACCACUUGAGAGUAAAGUAAAAAAUAUCGCGUUUAGCGUAUAUUAACACAGGAUUACGUAAUUUCACUUUGGAUUUUCACACGGAUUAUCCGACAAAACCGUCGAAAUGUGUCGAUUUUGGGAUAUAUCCUUGAUUAUAUGCUUCUCUGUCUCCGUUAUGUUCGUCGGAGGUGAUAACAUAUCAGAACUCCCUCCUCCUCCUCAGAAUCUGACCUUUAUAUGGGAAACACCUUUCCGGCUUAGUUUGACAUGGGAAAAGCCUGAGGAUUUGGAUCGUAGCUGUAUAGUGAACUACACGGUAAAUGUGCAUCAUUCACAGGAAUGUUCAGGAAAAUAUGAUUCCAGAAGAGUCCAAGCCCUGGGUUGUAAAUUAAAUAUCUCCAAUGAGAAAGGACUGUGCAUCAGUGUUACAACAAACCUUGAAAACUGUGGAAAAAGUGGCAGUAGUCAAGCGACGAACAUUAGCAUAGCUCCACCUUCAGUGAGGCUGGUGGAAAACAGAAGCUACGAAUAUUCCCACAGCAAGAUGAAUUGCACUUGGAUUCCUGUUGUUGAUGUCCAAGACCUCAGUUUAUAUUACUGGCUACCUCGUUAUGAAUCAGUAAAAAAGUGUAUACCUGAUGAGACGUUGAAGCCCAGAGGAUGUAUCAUACACGAUGAAUUUCUCAAGGACACGUUGGACAUAUUCUAUCUGUUCAACGGCACUUACAAUGGUACUUCUGUAUUCAACACGUUCACGGAUGAACGUCCAGUAAAAUACGUGAAACUAAAUAAACCUCAACUUACAAUCCAUAAAGACCGACAAAAACUCAUUUUUCAAGCAAAUGGAUCAGAUUUAGAUGAGUUUGCAGAGGAAUGCUACAGUUACAUCUACACAAUCAGCAAGUGCAAUAAGAAUAGUACUGUAAAGGACAAAGAACAUUAUGAGGUGCAGUAUGACCCAGCCUGCAAGUACAGAGCCAGAGUGCAGGUCAACUUCUCACAGAAAUGUGGUGCCGGGAAAAGUGAUCUGAGUGACGAGGUGGAAUAUGGAGAGGACAGCGAUCCGAAAUUGCCUGCAUUGCUGGCUGUCAUUAUAAUCCCGCUCAUAGUUUCCCUUUGCCUGUUAGUCUCUCUAGUGCUGCUCAGAAGACAUAAAGACAUCAUAUUCCCACAAAUCCCAGAGCCAUCGCUUCUCUUUAAGGACAUGCUCAUCAACAACAUCAGAACCCCAGAGGAACUACAGAGUCCUGCAACUGGCAGACUGUAUAUCCCCCUUGAAGAAGUCGUAGAAAGCAAGAUAAGUCUUGAACCUGACACACCAUUUGUACCAAUGAUGAAAAAUGAGCCGAAAUAAACAUUUCUGAUGACUGGAAAUAUCCAGUAAAUCAGGAUGGACUCAGGGUGCACUGAAAACUUACACUGUCUGGACAAUGUCUAUGCAAUGAGGAGGACCAAACUCCUGUUGUCUGUUUCAUCUGUUAAUGAAUAAUGAAUCCAGGCUCCACCUACAUUUUUUUGAAUGGACUUUGACUUCACUUAUUACGCAUUUUGCUACGCGUUGCCAGUAAAUUGCUCUUCCUGAGAAAACAGCAGCUUGUUUUCAUUACAUUUUUUGUGAAGAUAAGAAAAGCAAUCAGUGGACUUUCGGAUGGCAGUUUGGUUGGAUCUGGUUAUCUGGUACAGGGAUUGGGCAACAUCGGUCCUGGAGUGCUGCUGCAGAGACAACCCUGAAAAAAAAAAACUCACCUGCCUGUAGCCUUAGUAGAAAUGGACUUAUUAGUGGCUUCAGCCUGAAUAAUCCUGAAGACAUUGAUUAGCUUGUUUAAGUGUGUUUGAUUAGGGUUGGAGCUGAACUCUGCAGGACAGCGGCACUCCAGGACCAACAUUGCCUGUACCUGAUGUGGUAUAUGGAGCCAGCGGUGUAUCCAGAGGCCAGUGGACAACAUAAGUAUCAACACCCUUAAUACAGCUUGAUAGAAAUACACUCCAAAAAGAUUCAUGGAAUGUGGAAAUUUUGACCAUCUUUGUCUUUUGCACACCUUUUCAGAACUUUUACAUGUUUGUUUUUAUAGCCGCAUUAAUGAGCUCAUGGGUGUUUUUGCACAGUUUACAAUCUAAACAUACUGCUACAAAAAUGAUUAUAUAUAUAUAUAUAGCCUAUAUAUACUGUAUAUAUAAAAAAAUUGCUUUUCUGUACACUGUGAAUUGUUACAUGUAUUUUUAAAGUGUGGUUUACUGUAUACCAAAUUGUUCUCGACUCUAAUGUGUAUAUACUGUACGUUGACAACUUUGGCUGGUGACUAAACAAUAGGUAAAUAAGACAAAAAAAUUGGAUAUAGAAAGUCACACAAACAGUCAGAUAUUCAAAUAAAAUACAAGUUAAUAUUUA